UAGUAACAAACGUUUGAUUCGUACUAAUUAUCUACAAAAUGGCAAAUCUUGCGCCGAAAAUCAAACUGAGCAAUGGCCAGGAAAUGCCCGUCCUCGGCCUGGGCACCUGGAAGUCGUUCGAGUCGGAGGCCUACCAGGCCACAUGCAAUGCCAUUGACAUUGGCUACCGGCACAUCGACACCGCAUUCGUCUACGAGAACGAGCAGGAGGUGGGCCAGGCGAUUCGAGAGAAAAUAGCGGAGGGAGUGAUCAAGCGGGAGGACGUUUUUGUCACCACGAAACUGGGUGGCAUCCAUCACGAUCCCGAACUGGUGGAGCGCGCCUUCAGACUGAGCCUGAGCAACCUGGGACUGGAGUACAUCGACAUGUACUUGAUGCAUCUGCCCGUUGGCCAGAAGUUCCACAACGACAGCAAUGUCCAUGGCACUUUGGAGCUGACGGAUGUGGACUAUCUGGACACCUGGCGGGAGAUGGAGAAGCUGGUGGACCUGGGCCUCGCCCGCAGCAUCGGCCUAUCCAACUUCAACGCCGCACAGACGGAGCGUGUACUGGCGGACUGCCGCAUCAAGCCGGUGGUCAACCAGGUGGAAUGUCAUCCGGGCUUCCAGCAGCAGAAGCUGCGGCAGCAUGCCAAGCAGCACGGCCUGGUGAUCUGUGCCUACUGCCCGCUGGCACGUCCCCAGCCCGCCCGCCAGUGGCCGGCGUUCAUCUACGAUGAUCAGGCCCAACAGUUGGCCAAGAAGUAUGGACGAACUACUGCCCAGAUCUGCCUGCGAUAUCUCAUUCAAAUUGGUGUCGUGCCACUGCCCAAGUCCUCCAACAAGACGCGCAUUGAGGAAAACUUCAAAGUCUUCGACUUCGAACUGAGUCCCGAGGAUGUUAAGGCUAUGGAGGGAUAUCACACGGGACAGCGGACUGUCCCGUUCUCGGGCAUGGCUGGCCAUAAAUACUAUCCAUUCAACGACGAGUUUUAAACAUCUAACCUAAGUAUUUUUCAAAUAAAGUGUGUAUUAUAACUCUGGGA